UUCACCAUUGUUCCUGGUCGAGUCUUUGGAGCUCUGCCGCAGACGCUCUUCCAACUGAAGAACCUCCGUUUUCUUGCUAUCAGUCGCAACUUCAUCUCCGGUACUCUCCCUGCGAAUCUCGGCGAGAUUCGGAGUUUGAGGACUCUGGACCUCAGUUUCAAUCAACUAACCGGAGAAAUUCCUCGCUCCAUCGGAACGAUUACGGAGUUAUCCAAUGUCAUUCUCUGCCAUAAUCGCCUCACAGGCACAGUCCCUGUGUUUCCGUACCGUAGCCUUAAUCGUCUUGAUCUGAAGCACAACAAUCUCACCGGACAUCUUAUACCGGACUCUCUUCCUCCUUCUCUCCAAUACCUCUCUCUCUCAUGGAACCGCCUGAACGGCCCUGUCUUCCGCCUCCUCAGCCGCCUAAAUCAGUUGAACUAUCUCGACCUCAGCCUGAACCAGUUCACCGGAACAAUUCCAACGCGUAUCUUCAGUUUCCCGAUCGUUAACCUCCAGUUGCAACGGAACCUCUUCACCGGUCCAGUCCUGCCGGCUGCUCAGGUGGCGAUUCCAACCGUCGAUCUCAGCUACAAUCGUCUCUCCGGUCCGAUAUCGCCAAUGUUCUCCACCGUGCAGAAUCUUUACCUGAACAACAACCACUUCACGGGAGAAGUUCCAAACAGCCUCGUGGACCGAUUGUUGGCUGCUAAUAUUCAAAUUCUGUAUUUGCAGCACAAUUUUCUGACCGGAAUUGAGAUCAAUCCGACGGCGGAGAUUCCUCUGAGUAGCUCAUUGUGCUUGCAGUACAAUUGUAUGGUGCCGCCGAUACAAACACUGUGCCCGGAGAAGGCCGGCAACCAGAAAACUCGGCCAACGGAACAGUGCGGCGAAUGGAGAGGGUAAAAUUUGGAAAGUAAUUAAUUAAUUAGGAGCAUAAAAAGAAAGUAAUUAAAGGUGAAAAAAAAUAAUAAAGAAAAUUAUUUUUUUUAAUAUAGUUUCCGAUAAUUAAUUAAUUAAUAUACACAAAAUCUUUGCUGCAGAGAAUGUGUUUUCUUUUUUUCUUUUCUUUUUUUCUUUUU